UCUUGUAGCACCGCCUUCAACGACGAUGUUGACACUUCCUGGAUUUAACUUGAACAAUUCCUGCGUCUAAGUCUAAGUGCUUGCCAUGGGACUCUUGGCAGGAUAAACACUUUAACGUGUUUAGUUUCAUACGAAACUUUAUUUCAUAUGAAGAGUCAUGUUCAACGUCGAUGUGCCGGUUCUGUCAGUGAAAUGAUAGCAGACUGAUUUAUCUAGCUGAAUGGGAAUGGAGAUACUGCAUAGGUAGCUAGCUAGCUAGCUAGCUAGCGAGGGAGCAAAGCUUAGUUAACAAUGUAGCAAUUUGUAACAUGUUACAAAUAGGUUAAUGUAAUACAUGUGGUUCGCUGGGAAUAAGGGAAGUCUGUAUUUUCGAAAGGGAAGCAGUACCAUGGGUUUGUUGGUGCAUAAAGCUCUCUCUCAACUGAUGAGAACACACGUGUUGUUGAGUUUUGCACUUGUGAUGCGACUGCUGUUGGUCGGCUUUGGUAUUUAUCAGGACAGAACUAUGACGGUCAAAUACACAGACAUCGAUUACCAUGUAUUUACAGAUGCGUCAAGAUACGUUACUCAGGUAGGCAACAGAGAGCAUACUGUUCAGAGUUCUCCAUUGUCAGUUUAACAUUGCACGAAUUAGAUGGAUUAGAAGUCGUUUUCAUGAUACUGGUAUAUCUGAUUGGCCAAGUAUGUGGGUUCUCCCUCGCUUUCAUACACACACACAAACCUGCAGUACUGCAAAAAAAGUCAGAAAAGGCGCAUAUUUGUGUGUGGAGGGUAAACAAACGUUAUAGACCUCCACUAUUCAUAUGAUCAGAAAUAUGUAUGGCGUGAGGAAAUGUGAUCCACUCGUCCUUCUCUCAGGCUAUGGCAAGAAGUGAUCAAUGUAUUGUGCAUUAAAAAGCAAGCAGUCAUCUUAUGUCUGUGAAGCAAGCAUUCCCUCUUUCAACUGAUGUCUGCUGCUGAUUUUUCUACUUCAAUGCAUUCUUUACUUCUUAUGUUCCUUCCAAAUACAGCAGCAUACGAGGGUGAGUCUCCAUACAACAGGUCCACCUACCGCUACACUCCCCUCCUAGCCUGGAUACUGACCCCAAACAUCUACCUGACAUUUGUGUUCGGUAAGCUCCUGUUCGUGGCGUGCGACGUGCUAACAGGCCUUCUCAUCCAGCGCCUGCUUCUGCUGCGCGGCCUGUCGGCGGAGUCGUCGUGCCUCUACAGCGCCCUCUGGCUGCUGAACCCGCUGCCCGCGGGCGUGUCGUCGCGCGGGAACGCGGAGUCCCUAUUGGCGGCCUUGGUGCUGGGAACUCUGCUGUGUUUGGAGCGGAGAUGGCUGUUUUCCGGCGCCGUGCUCUAUGGCUUGGCCGUGCACAUGAAGAUCUACCCAGUGACGUAUGCGCUGCCCAUCGCCCUCUAUCUGCAGACCAGGGAGCAGGGAGCGGGAACCCCCGGUGGGAAGAGGAGCUGGACACUCUGGGGAUUUGUCCGCAGAGUACUGAACAGAGAUCUCCUGAUGUUCGCCUUCAUUUCUGGAGGGCUUUUCUGCGGACUAACCCUAGUAUUCUACCAUAUAUACGGUUGGGACUUCCUCCACGAGACAUACCUGUACCACCUGACUCGGCGGGACAUCCGCCACAACUUCUCGCCGUACUUCUACAUGCUGUACCUGACGGCAGAGAGAGAGUGGAGCUUGGUGCUGGGCCUGGCCUCCUUCCUCCCUCAGGUGUCCCUCCUGCUGCUCUCCUCCCUGGCCUUCCACACUGACCUGAGCCUCUGCUGCUUCCUCAACACCGCCAUCUUCGUCACCUUCAACAAAGUCUGCACCUCACAGUACUUCCUGUGGUACCUCUGUCUAUUGCCUCUGGUUAUUCCCCACCUCACUCUGUCUCUCAAGAAAGGAGUUGGGGUGCUGGCUCUUUGGUUUGCUGCGCAGGCCCUUUGGCUGGCGCCAGCGUAUUACCUGGAGUUUGAGGGACAGGACACUUUUGUCCUCAUCUGGCUUGCUGGCCUGCUCUUUCUCAUCAUCAACACUUACAUAAUGGUCACGAUCAUCUCCCAUUACAGGCGAAUUGCCAUCCCGAACAGGCCUAAAACUGACUGAAUGGUCACUUCGUAAAAAGACAUUCGCCGCAGUGUCUAUUUACUCUGGUGGGGCCUGUGUUUUCCUGGAGCUACAUGGGUCUAAAAAUGGAGUGGUUUACACAUUUGGCUUCAAACUAGGUCAUGCCCUCGAUGACCCUCAAGGUGCAGUAUGAAGAAUGACCAGUAGGUGGCACGCAGUCCACAAGAGUGAGACAUAAUCUCAACACACCAUGUGGUGCACUUAAGGAUAUCCAGGAUGUAAACAACAACAACAACAACAACAACAACAAUAAUAAUACCAUCAAGAAGGGGGGG